AUGCUGGACCGCUUGGUGCAGUCCACGCCCAAACGCGACACCAACACCGCCCAGCCCGAGCAGCAAGAGUCGACCGUCGAACGCCCCAACCGACCGGAGCGUCGCCGCAACCGCCACGGGGCGACUCCCAAGCCCCGCACGAUCCGCGGCCUCGUGCUCGCGCCGACGCGUGAGCUCGCCGCCCAGAUCGGGGCCAGCCUCAACCGCUACGGCAAGCACACGGCCCUACGCAACGCGAUCAUCUACGGCGGCGUCUCCCAGGUCCCGCAGGUGAAGGCGCUGCGGCACGGCGUCGAUGUGCUGGUCGCCACGCCGGGGCGGCUCUUGGACCUCGUGAACCAGGGCUACGUCGAACUGAAGCACGUCCAGGUCCUCGUGUUCGACGAGGCGGACCAGAUGCUCGACAUGGGCUUCUUGCCCGACCUGAAGCGCAUCGAGCGGCUCGUGCCGCGCGAGCGACAGACGUUGAUGUUCUCGGCGACGAUGCCCGAGCCGAUCCGCCAGAUCGCCAACGAGUGGCUCCACAAUCCCGUGUCGGUCCAAGUGACGCCGGUCUCGACGCCCGCCGACCGCAUCGAGCAGUCGGUCCACUUCGUCGAUCAGAAGCAGAAGCCCGACCUGUUGACGCAGCUGCUGCAUGAGACGGCGCGGGGGCGGACGCUGGUGUUUAGCCGCACCAAGCACGGCGCCGACAAGAUCGUCAAGCACCUCGAGCGCAAGGGCCUCGAAGCCGCCGCGAUCCACGGCAACAAGAGCCAGGGCGCCCGCAAUCGGGCGCUGGAGCGCUUUAAGGGGAAGAACCCGCCGGUGCUGGUGGCGACCGAUAUCGCCGCCCGUGGCCUCGAUAUCCGCGAGGUGACGCACAUCGUCAACUACGACCUGCCCGAAGUGCCCGAGACCUACGUGCACCGCAUCGGCCGCACGGCCCGAGCGGGCGCCGAAGGCAUCGCGUUCUCGUUCUGCGCCGGUGACGAGCGUGGCUUGUUGCGGCAGAUCGAGCGGCUGAUGAAAGUCUCGAUCCGGAUUGAGCCAACGCUGGAUGGCUUCGAGCCGACGGAGCCGAUUUCCCACGGCACAACGAGGAAGAAGUCGGGCGGCCGUGGCGGUCGCAGCGGCGGCUCUCAGGGGAAGCCGAAGGGACCGAUCAAGCUCGAGUCGACCGGCAAGCCGCGGCGUCCGUCGCGUAACAAGGCGAAGUCGAGUGGGAGUGGCGGCGCGAAGCCUGCGGGCAAUCGCGCGGCUGGGGCAACGGCGACGGCGACGCGACCGCCCAAGAAGAAAUCACGAAUCCUGCUGUCGGCGAUCGGCGCCUCGUGCGCCGACGCCGCUCAGCAGAAGAGCCACGCGCAACCUCCCAACAUCGUCCUGGUCUUUGUCGACGACAUGGCGUGGGGCGACCUGAGCUGCUUCGGCGGCACGGGCGCUGAGACGGAGAACAUCGACCGGCUGGCCAGCGAGGGCGUCCGUUUCGAGCAGUUCUACGUCAACGCGCCGAUCUGCUCGCCGAGCCGCUGCGCGAUCACGACGGGUCAGUACCCGCAGCGGUGGCGGAUCAACUCGUAUCUGGACAACCGCCAGCAGAACCGGCGGCGGGGGAUCGCCAACUGGCUCGACUCCGCGGCGCCGACGCUCGCCAAGGCGCUCGCUGAGAACGGUUACGUCUGCGGGCACUUCGGCAAGUGGCACCUCGGCGGCCAGCGCAACGUCCGCAACGCGCCGUUGAUCACGCAAUACGGCUACGAGGAGUCGCUCACCAACUUCGAGGGGCUCGGCGCCCGCAUCCUACCGCUCAACAACGCCCACGACGGCAAGGGGCCGCAGCGAUACGCGCUGGGGUCGGACCUGUUGGGUCGCGGGCCGGUGAUCUGGCGAGACCGUGCGUACGUGACGCAGGAGUUUACGCGGUCGGCGAUCCAGUUCAUCAAGGGGGCCGUCCAUCGCGACGCGCCGUUCUACGUCAACGUCUGGCCCGACGACGUGCACUCCCCCUUCUUCCCGCCGAAGGACCUGCGUGGCGACGGCAGCCCCAAGGCGGUCUUCCACGGCGUGCUCGACGCGAUGGACCAGCAACUCGGUGAGUUGUUCGACUUCAUCGGCAAUCAUGAGAAGUUGCGCGACAACACGAUCGUGCUGGUUUGCAGCGACAACGGCGGCGAGCCCCGCACCGGCGACCACGGCCCGCUGCGGGGCAGCAAGGCGACGCUCUUCGAAGGCGGUGUCCGAUCACCGCUGGUCGUGUGGGGGCCGGGCCUGCUGGGCGAUGGCGUGAAGGGCGCCGUGAAUCGCGAGUCGGUGUUCGCCGCUUUCGACCUGCCGCCAACCUUGCUAGAGAUCGCCGGCGUCGGCGCCGACAAGAUGCCCGAAGCCGAUGGCGAGCCGCUCGUCGAGGUCUUGCGCGGCGAGUCGGACGCGUCGCGUCGCCAGCCGAUCUUCUUCCGCCGCCCGCCGGACCGCGACGUGAUCCCGUUCUACGGCAAGGGCGACCUGCCGGACCUCGCCGUGCGCGCCGGCAAGUGGAAACUGCUGUGCGAAUACGACGGCUCCGAGCCGCAGCUCUACGACAUCGUCGCCGACCCGGGCGAGUCAAACGACCUAGCUUCGGACAACAACCGCGUUGUUGAACGUCUCGUUCGCGCCGUCACCGAGUGGCACACAGCGAUGCCGCAGGACAACGGACCGCAGCUUGCCGAUCGUUAG